GUGAUACUGGCUAUACAGACCUCUGUAUGUGAGGCAGGCUUCAAACUCGUAUUCCUCUGGUUGAAAUUUAACUACCGAAGCUAAUGAUCCAUAACUCAGUUUCUCUCGAUUAAUCGUUUCCGAACUUCAUUCGGGUUGGAUGAUUAUGGACCUUGAGUUUUGGGCACAUUCGUACGCUACCUGCUUUAGUAACUGGUUUAAUUGCAAUCAUUCUAAUGAAGCUGCCUUUUGUUCUCAUAUUAUAACUAAUACCUCACCUUUUAAAACCAGUAGACCGUGAUUCCUGUCAGCAAGUUGGCGCUUUCAAUUUGAAGCAGCUGUCUCGAUUUCAGGCAGCGUUAAGAUCAUUCUACAUGUACAUGUUUUAUGAGCUUCACACCAAAAUCAGUUCAUAGCGUCAUGCAUAGACGUGUACCAGAUUGAGCUGCUUCAUAUUGAUUUGUGCCUCAGUAAUUCUUGUUGAGAAACUGAGUGAUGAGCCGCUGAAACACCUUUAAGCCAGUUGCACUGCUCCUGUGGUUUUAUUGAGGUCCUAGUCACAUGCCGUGAGAGUCAAUUAAAAACCCACCGGUAUUGCAAUAUAUGGUAAGGGAACGGUUGCUGAGAGUUGUAAGGGCGGUUGACUUCCAGGUUUCCAGCGCCAUGUGGGGUAAUAUCACCGUGACGUACCAGAUAAUCAGCGGUUAAUGCACGGCUGCACUACCCAAGGGAUACUUAUUUGAGACCGGUGGCAUGCGGCCUUAUAGGUUUUUUCUUUCUCGAAUCAAACUGUGAGUCCUUACCGCCGUGCAAGGGGGUAUGCUGUUUUUAAAGCCAAACUUUUCUAGCUCACCACCCCUUCCGGCAUCGGUAUGGUACCACGGAUCGUCCACGGGAACCACUUUUUGCAGUCAUUCCUGCUUGAUCCAACCCUUGGAUCCCAUUCAGAACUCAGUUAACUCUUUAACAGUAACUACUUUUCAUCUUAUUACCGUCCAACAGACCUUUCUAAUAAAGUGGGACCUCGGAGUACAAUGAAAACGGCCAGUGUAGCUAGUUGGUUCAUUUUGCUAUGCAGGCCUGGUUACUACGGCAAGGUAACAGUUACCGGUCGUCGCUAGGUGAUAAUCCUAAUUAAUAACUGUGGUCUUUUUCUGAUCCGUUUCUCAGAUAAGUCUAAAUAACAGCCUUGAUUACUCAACACCGACUCCUUUUCAAAAUCUUUGGCUUUCGUACCCACCACUGUUCACAGUGAACACGAGGACUUUCACACUAUGCUUGAGCUACUUUCCUAGGUGUUCAGAGUCAAAUGGAAUUAGACUUCUUACAGCAUUUAAUUUGGAUGCAGCUUUUCGUUUCUGGUAACGUUUGCUUUUAAUUAGCUUAGUGUGUUCACUUUUUCUGUAUUACACUGCUAAGCUAGAUGAUAUGUAGUGUGUAGGUGGUAGAAAGUAACAGUCGACGUCGGUGUGCGUCACUGUCCUUCGGAGCUUUCACAGACGUAUUCAUCUGAACAGCAUGUAAGUCUCAGCUGGCAUCUAGCCGAACUAAUGCGUUUAACCUCUAGGCAGUCAGAUCAUUGCUAGACCAUGAGAUCCACAGCUACUAGUUAUUGAAUGAUACAUCGGUACCCAUAUAUAUAUGGCUUUGGGUUUAAAUUUUGAAAGCUCUAACAUCAAGUUAUGACGACUUGGGCCGUUACUCUAUGGAUCCAUUGCUAGCCGUAAUCUCAGUAAAAAGUUUGGGGAACUCUAGAAAGCAUGUUGAUAAUGAGAAGAGUCAUUGGAGACAGUUGGGGAAUGAAAAUGAUAAGAGUUGGUUAUCAGGUGGAUUUUUUUGUUGAAGGGAGGUGUCUGGGUGGUUGAUGCCACAGAUCUAUCCACACCUUGGAAACUGGUAUUUCCUGAGAGGGAAAUAGGUUAUUUAUGGCACCAUGGCCUACGAUUGGUCUUACUGGAUCUUUGUAAGCAUCUUAAUAUCUGAAGAGUUGCGUUGGGACACAAAGAACCUGAUGCGUUUCACUUACUGAAAAUAGGAAUGAAAACCCCUUCUAAAUCUAACUGGCUUCAAAUUGCGGUAGAGAAUGAAGCUGUGGUUGUGGGUAUUCUGGUGUGGUGGUAUGCGAUUGUAUCGUGCUGCUGAACUUCGUACAUCGCACUUCAAUUUAGCAGUUAUCAAACUAAAGAACUGAAUAGGAGAAUGCUCAGGGUGCAUCCUAAUGCUGUUUGUUGAGACCGCUUAUUUUGUUCAGGAGUGUUUUAUGCAAGAAGUCUGACAAUAAUUCAAUUCAUUCAGACUCACCAGCAAUUUGCUCAUUAUAGUCCAGUUCAAGAAAUGGAAUGCAUCUCAACAACUUCGCUCUCAACAAAUAAGCCCCAAUUGAAAUGUUAAUGUCUGAAAUUCAAAAAAAGUCUUAUUUUAUACACCUCAUUCACCUGAAUGAGUAUUCUCAUUUUGAAAGCAAGACAUGAUAAGAACUUAAUUUUAGCCACUCUAACCAGUCACUGAAUAUCACGUUUACGUUUCACUUGACUGAUCUGCAUUCAACCAAGGAAUGCAUCGCGCACGCAGUUUCACUUUUCCACCAUCGUUGUACCUUUACAGUUGUCAUUCCAAUUUUAUUUUCAAGUAUUCUUUUGUUACUGUGGCUCGUCCGGUUGUUCUUCCGACUGCCAAUCAAGCUGGGUUAGGGAGUCAAGUUGCUCUCCAUUUACUUAAACCUCAAUAACCCUCAGAAGUAGAUGAUAACCGGGUUAAUAAAUCUGCUUACUAAUUUGCAGAGCUACAGUUAGCCAUUCAAACUUGAAUUUACCAUCUUUUUGCAGCCAGCACUAACAAAGAGAGGUCUUUGUCAAUUGACUUGGAGUGUCUCUGUCAAUUCUUGACUACUGUUGGGAAACAUAUGGACACACCAAAAGCAAAGAACUUGAUGGAUCAAUAUUUUCAACGCCUGCGUCGUAUAUUGUCACGCGCUUGCGAUUCAAGUGGAGUAGACUCCAAGAAACACGAAAAUAGUGCUGCCGGGGGGAAGGUAUGCCCAAAGGCAACGAAAUUUAAUAACACCUUAUCAGCCAGAGUUCGAUUUAUGAUUGAAGAUUUGGUAGAUCUAAGAGAAAAUAAUUGGGUUCCACGUCGUGCUGGCCAGCGCACGGAAACAAACAAACCACGUUUCCUUCGAGAUAUUCGCUUGGAGAUACUCAAGGAGUCUGGAAUUCUUGUUGCUCCAACUCCUAGUGAACGUUCCAUUACACAACCCGAUGUACCUGGGAGUGCGUUCAUGGGUCACUCAUCGACGUCAAGUAACUCAUCAGUAAAUAAUGAAUUACCUUUCGUCAGCGGUUUAAACUGCAAUUCUUCAAGAAAUAGUGGUGAGGCAAAAAGUUGGCUGGAGCUGGCGCGAAUGGGUGAAGAACUUUGUCGCCAAAGUUCUCACGACCUCUGCUUUUUAGAUAACGGGAGUCGUUCGGGCGACAAUGCGGUUAAUCAUUUUCAUGGACGCCCCCAAAGUAAUCAUGUCCCGGGUACAAGGCGCUUCUUUUCUAACAAAAGUGAUGUACCUAAUUCCAGCAAUGUUCUUCGCAUGAAAACAACUAAUGAUACUUGGGCUACUAAAGUGGAGAAAACUGAAGCUAGCGACACAGGUUGGGUUCGUGGUGUCAACGCACGCCUGCGCAAUUCUUCAGUCACACCAGGUAAUAGUGUAUCAACAGCCAAUACCAAUUUACCUCCUCGAAUGCUCAGGAAACUAGCUGCGGAAGCCGCUGGUAGUUCGCCAGCUAGUUCUACCCUGAAUGUAUGCAACGAAGCAAAGCAACCUGCACAUUCAGAAGCUUAUAAUCACCACACAAAGUCCAACUCUGAUAAUCCUACAUCAAUUUCAAGGAACAGUCCAUCUUACAUUACUCCUUUUAUUCAUUCCCUUGGCCAGUCCCAUUCUACAGAUCUUUUUGAGCCUGCUUACCUACAAAAGAAUAAAUCGAUGGUUACCAAUGAUGAAAACAGCAACACUCAAAAACUAGUUUGGGCUACCUUCCCGAAAUUCAGCUCCAACUCAAUGCACGGUACUUCACAGUCUGACGUUUCUCCCAAGUCACAAUCAUUGAUAUCAUCUUUAAACAAACCAAGUUUUCCGGAUGUCCAGUCAUUGGCAGUAAAUAAAUCAUGUAAUCGUAAGACUGAACAAGUCCGAUCGUCUGAUUUAAGCAAUUCAGUUCAAUCAUCGAAUCAUGCCAGUGAAAGUCAUUGCAUACCUCACGCUUCUGAUGAAAGUAAAAGAAUAGCUGCUAAGUUACUCGACUUAUUAUGUGAUGUACGAGAUCCUGUAUCCGUUAAAAACCGAUUGAAUGUAUCAAAUGUCGGUCGAAUAACUAUCGAGGUGCUUGCUGUUGUGGUAUUGCAUUUGUGCGAAGAAGGUACCAACCUUAAGUUGGCAGAAGCAGAACCGUCUGAACUAGCGGAAUUACUUGUUAUAUGCUCAGAAAACCUGUUGUGUCGAGAUGGUUCUGUGUCAGCAUUCAAUUCCAAAGAUAGUCGGAAGCCUAAAUCAAUGAAGUCGUUCGGCCAUCCUCUAGCUCUUGUUUGGUCACACCUUCUUCAAAAGAUUUUGUGCGUUACGCAGUUAAUCUAUUCCAAAUCUAAAAUCGCUCUAAUAUCAGCUGCUUUAAUUUGGAAUUGUCAUAUCAGUCUAUCCGAAUUCGCAGAACCUUUGCGCGGGGGGAAACAUCAUCCUUUGUUUUUACUUGUCCUUCAGAAGUUAUCGCAAAUGGUCAAUGGCGAUUUUAAGUUGAAUAAGAACGAGGCGGUUUGUAUAGCUGGUGCGACUUCGGAUGAUAGACGCUCUUCACUUAUUCAGUUAUUUCAAGAGACUGGGUUACAAAUGAAUCAAAUGGUACCAGAGGGCAGUCGUACAAAUGAAUCAUUGCUAGCAUUGCUGGAAGAGCGCGAUUUAGAUUUUCUUGUUCCAAGCUUACGUUUGUCCACUAAACUGUCUCAUCUAAUUAUGGAUAAUUCAUACUUGGAGGGUAAAAAUCCCGAAGACUGUGAUAAAAUUGUUGCCUCCAGGCUUAACGAUUACCUAUCAAAGCAUCCUUUGGCUGUCAGUAUCACAAAAUCGGACUACGCUCACGCUUGUUUACCUGUAAUUUAUGAAUAUAUUUACAAAGUUGGAAUUGUUGAACUUGGCGUUUCAUCUUCACCUUCGACUUUAAUGACAAGAGAACGAGCUGCAUGGAAAUCCAUUGUACCAUAUUUGCUGGCUGACACUUUACGGAAUUCGGUUGAUCGCCAGCUGGACGCUCUGCAUGAUCUACAGAUAUUCUGGGUCGAUAAAAGCAUGCCUAAAGGUUUUCUGUUUCGAUGCUUUAUGAAUCUCUAUGACUGCGAACUUGUAUGUGAAGAUGUUUUUCUAUCCUGGAAAGAAGAAGUAAACCCCAGCUAUCCUGCAAAGGGUCAAGCCUUAUUCGAGGUUAAUCGUUGGUUAACAUGGCUCGAAACAGCAGAAGAAGAAGACGAAGAAAACCAAAGUAAAUCUGAUCCAAAUGAAAACCAUGAAAAGUCAGUUGAAGACUGUGCUCACUUGGAAAACUUGACGAGUACGUGUUCAUUGAACACUAAGUCAAUCGGUCAUUUUUCUGAAAUGGUGUGUGAUAUAAUACCUCCUACUCUGCAUUCCAACUCGGCAGCCUUGGGUUCUUAAGGAAUGCGUUUGACGUUUUCGGAGAAUAUCGUUUUCUGUGUACUGAUUGUUAACGUCUUGAUAAGUAUGCAUGCGUCUUGAAGGACUUGUUUUUCAUCUGUGGAAAUCGAUUUUGAAACCUCAUCCUGUUCGUCUGAGCAUCAUUUCAGUGAAAUAAACUCACAUUGGGCUUAAACUUACGCAAAUAAACUAUUUCCAUUUGACUUGUGUUUUUUUUUGUUACAAAAAUUAUAAUAAGUUGGUUCUUAUCGCGUUCUGAAAUACUUCUCGCUGCUUCUGUUCAUAGAAAUCAAACGAAUUCUUUCAUGUUGUAAUAACCUAAUAAUUCGCACUUCGAUUUUAUGUUGAGAAUAAUUUUAAGUGUGUUUAUUAAUAUUCAUUUCUUGUGUACUUACAUGUUUAACCCAUGCUCGCAGGCAAAAUUGUACGUUGUAUCAAUGUAUGUAAAUCAUACCAAAAUUCUUGUUCCUAG